CGGCGCGAACGUUUGGGACUUGCGCCGCUGGGUUCCUGGUGUCCGGUUCCCGCGGAGAGGACCCCGGAGGGUUUCACGAGCCCAGAGAUGAUGACACAACCUUGCUUGCUGAAAGUGAAGAGGACUUGAAGCACUUACUAAUGAAGAUCAAAGACCACAGCCUUCAGUAUGGAUUGCACCUCAAAAUAAAGAAAACAAAAAUCCUCACAGCUGGACCAGUGAGCAACAUCAUGAUGAACGGAGAAAAGAUUGAAGUUGUCAAGGAUUUCAUUUUACUUGGAUCCACAAUCAACAGCCAUGGAGGCAGCAGCCAAGAAAUCAAAAGACGCAUUGCAUUGGGUAAACCUGCUGUUGAAGAGCAAAGAUGUCACCUUAAAGACUAAGGUGUACGUGACCCAAGCCAUGAUAUUUUCAAUCGCAUCAUAUGCAUGUGAAAGCUGGGCAAUGAAUAAGGAAGACCCAAGAAGAAUUGACGCCUUUGAAUUGUGCUGUUGGUGAAGAAUAUUGAAUAUACCAUGGACUGGCAAAAGAAUGAACAAAUCUGUCUUAGAAGAAGUACAAGCAGAAUGCUCCUUAGGAGCAAGGAUGGCGGGACUGUGUCUUACAUACUUUGGACAUGUUGUCAGGAGGGAUCAGUCCCAGGAGAAGGACGUCAUGCUUGGCAGAGUACAGGGUCAGUGGAAAAGAGGAAGACCCUCAACGAGGUGGAUUGACACAGUGGCUGCAACAGUGAGCUCAAGCAUAACAACAAUUCCUGUUGAUGUGAUAAAUGACGUUACUUGUUUUACAGAGUUGAACCAGCUUUACAUGCCCGUGAUACAUCCCCUUCAAUCAUGGAAUCAGUCGUCUUUGAGGAUGUGGCUGUGGACUUCACUUUGGAGGAGUGGGCUUUGCUGGAUCCUGUUCAGAGGAAGCUCUACAGAGACGUGAUGCUGGAAACCUUCAGAAACUUGGCAUCAGUAGAUGAUGAGACUCCAUUUAAGGCCAAUGAGUCAGUUUCUCAACGGGAUACUCCUGAGAAAAAAAUAUCCAAGGAAGAUAAAAUACUAAAAUUUACAAGAAAUGAUUCUUGGUCCUCCAUUUUAGGAAAAAUUUCAGAAGGCCUUAGCAUUGAUGAUCAACCUAAAGACCAGGGGUUACCUCUGAGAGAUUAUAUGGGUGAGAGACUCUGUGAAAGUAAUGAAGGUCAUCAGUGGGGAGAAACAUUCAGACAGAUUCCAAAUCUUAAUCUGUACAAGAAAACAACUAGUAGAAUUAACCCAUUUGAAUGCACUGAGUGUGGAAAAGUCUUUAUGUAUCCUUCCUCAUUUAAGAGGCACAUCGCAAGUCACACUGGACACAAACCAUAUCAGUGCCCAGAAUGUGGGAAGGGCUUUGGUUUUCCAUCAGAACUAAGAAGACAUGUGAGAAUUCACAGUGGAGAAAGACCUUAUGCUUGUGAAUUAUGCUGGAAAACCUUCAUUCAUCUCCGAUCCUAUCGAAGGCAUGAAAAGGUUCAUAGUAAAGAGAAACUUUAUGAAUGUAAACAGUGUGGAAAUACCUUCAGUUUUUUUGACUCCUAUCAAAGACAUGAAAGGACUCAUAAUAAAGAGAAGUUCAAUGAAUGCAAGGAAUGUGGGAAAGCCUUCAAGUGGCCCUCGUCUUUAACAAGACAUAUGAGAACACACAGCCGAGAGAAACCCUAUGAAUGUAAGCAAUGUGGGAAAGCCUUCAAAUGGCCCAUAUCUUUACAAACACAUAUGAGAACACACACUGAAGAAAAAUCUUACAAAUGUAAGCAAUGUGGGAAAGCCUUCACUUGGCCUAUAUCAUUACGUACACAUAGGAGAUCACACUGUGGAGAGAAAUCCUAUGAAUGUAAACAAUGUGGAAAGGCUUUCAGUUGGCCCAUAUGCUUACAAAGACAUAUGAGAGUGCACACUGUAGAGGAACUUUAUGAAUGCAAUCAGUGUGGGAAAACAUUCCGUUGGCACUUUUCCUUACGGAGACAUUUGAUAACACACUCUGGAGCCAAACCCUAUGAAUGUAAAGAUUGUGGGAAAGCCUUCAGUUGGCUUAUAUCUUUACGAGAGCAUAUGACAAAACACUCUGGCAAGAUAUUCUAUGAAUGCAAGGAAUGUGGCAAAGCGUUCUAUUAUCUCCAGUCCCUUCGAAGGCAUGAAAGAUCUCACAGCAAAGAGAAACUCUAUAAAUGUAGGCAGUGUGGGAAAGGCUUCAAUCAACUCUUCUACCUUCGAAGACAUGUGAGAAUGCACACUGGAGAGAAACUUUAUGAAUGUAAGGAAUGUGGAAAAACCCUUAAAUGGGCCUCAUCUUUAACGAUACAUAUGAGAAUGCACACAGGAAAGAAACCUUACGAAUGUAAGCAGUGUGGGAAAGCCUUCAAUUGGUCUAUCUCUUUACGAGCACAUAUGAGAAUGCACUCUGGUGAGAAACCCUAUGAAUGUAAGCAAUGUGGGAAAGCCUUCUAUUGGUCCAUAUCUUUACGGGCCCAUAUGACUACACACACCGGAGAGAAACCUUACGUAUGUAAACAGUGUGGGAAAGGCUUCAAUCAGCUGUCAUACCUUCGACGACAUGUGAAAAUGCAUUCUGGAGAGAAACCAUAUGAAUGUAAACAAUGUGGGAAAGCCUUCAAGUGUCCCUCAUCCUUACCAAAACACAUGAGAACUCACACUGGAGAGAAACCCUAUGAAUGUAAGCAGUGUGGAAAGGCUUUCGUUUCUUCCUCAGCCUUACGAUAUCAUGUGAGAACACACAGUAGAGUGGAACACUAUCAGCGUAAUGUGGGAAUGCCUCCUGAAAACUAACGUAUAAAAAAAAAAAUUCACGUAUAGCACUCUUAAAAAUUCUCACCAGUAGAAGAAUCUUAAAAAAGUUACAGAUGUGGUGUUGUCUUUAUCAGCACCUCAUCCUUAAAGUGAACCUACUGGAAGUUUAUUUAGUUCUUUAAGAAAUAAGCAUUAAGGUAAGAAAGAGUUCUGUAGGUACUCUUUUAGCCGUAAUACAACAGGUUUCCCAGGCAGUGUUUUUUCUUAAUAUUGUUAAUCGUUUAUCUUUGAAGUUUAAAGUUUGCUGGACGCAUAGGUAUUUUGAAAUAUAUUUUUAAUAAACAAUCAGGUUUAAUUUUGAUGAAGUUUUUUAGUUGUUUUGCAGGUAAGCAGUUAUUAGUACAAUGACACUUUGCUAUUUGUUGGGAUUUGCAUAUAGGCCUAGUGUGGUAUAGGUAGUAUCUGUCACCCAUUAUUUACAUUCUUCCUUGUUGGGAAAAUUUUAAUUGCCAGAGAGGCCUUGUUCCAUUUUCCUGGCUACUGGUGGUGGUGUUAGUUGCCAUCGAGUCAGUUCUGACUCGUAGCAACCCUGUGUACAACAGAAUGAAAUACUGCCUGGUCCUGCACCAUCCUUACAGUUGUUAUGCUUGAGCCCAUUAUUGCAGCCUCUGUGUCAGUCCAUCUCAUUGAGGGUCUUCCUCUUUUUCAUUGACCCUCUACUUGACCAAGCAUGAUGUCCUUCUCCAGGGACUCAUCCCUUGUGACAACACGUCCAAAGUAUGUGAGGCCUAGUUUCACCAUCCUUGCUUCUGAGAAGCGUUCUGGCUGUACUUCCUUCAAGACAGAUUUGUUCGUUUCCUGGUGGGUACUUGGUAAUAAUUAGUAAUUAUGCAAAGUUGUUCUAAAGGAGUGAAUUGUUACUUUCAACCUUUGUUAUUGUUAUUUCAGUGUGGGUCAUAUUGGAAAUUACAUUUACCAGAAUCCCUUCCCUGUAUGGUUCCAUGUUCAAACCUACUUACUAGUAGCUCAGUUGCAUGAGUUUUGGAAAACAGAAGUGAGGAGGGUAUUGUUGAAGUUUUGUAGCCACAAUACAGGGAGACAGAUAUACGCAUAGGUGCUUUUAUAGAUGCUUCCCUUUUUCUCAGAGGCGUAGGCUUCCAAAGACAUCUCCACAAGCUCGGCAUCAAGGAGCCCACUUCUGUAAUGAGACAACCAGUUUGAUUUCCUUGUAAACAUUAACAUGUUCUCCAGGCCACUGUUGGGACUGUCAUGGUUGCUCAUCUUUUCUGCUGCUCUGACUCUCCUGUAUAUCUUAGUGUGUCUCUAUAAGGUCUAAUUUGUAUAGCGAACGCCUUCUUCUCUUAACGUUUCUAGUAGUUCUGCAUUCCUGAUGUCACCAUGACAGCUACAAUGGUGAAGCCAAAAACAUAAACCAUACAGAUGGGUUUUGUUAGAUGUGUACCUAAUCCUUACAUCAGCUGUCUUGUUAUCUGACAUUCCACAUUUACAGCAAUAGUAAAUAAUCAAUGAUCCCACCAGCCUGAACAACCUCCCCGUGCACAGCUCGUCCACGGCACGCAGAAGGAGGAGUGGUGCCGCCCCUGGGGUAUUUAAUCUCUGGAACCUGCUUCGUACCCAACACUCCAGGUUCUCCUGGCUCACACCUCCCUCCCUCCCACUGUCUCCUGGUGUGCCUCACUCUCCGUCCCCGUGCUUGCCUCGAUCACAGGCACCAUCUGGCGGGCAUUGGGAGUGGAGCCUGAAUGGCAGGCAGCACUCAUGUCUGAGGGGCCACCCCCUGGCCAAAGCCGCCAUGUACCACCCAGCCUGCACUGCCCCACUUCCUGCAUCAAGUGCACUGCAGAGCCUGAGCUGGGAUGCCGUGGCCAAGAACACCCGGCCAGCAGCCUGCAGCAUGGAUUUGGGAUUCUGGCAAGCAGAGCAAGAACCAGCCCAUGACUGCCAAGUAUUUCACAUAAUGCCAGCUUCUGAUAAUGACCUGGUCUUUGGAACCUAACCAUGUCGGUAAGUGAGGAGUGGGUGUAAUAAUUUAAAAAAAUUAAAAAACCCACAUGGUAUUUUGUUUCUCUACUGGGUUUUGUAGUGUGUGCUGAGUCCGUCUUUCCAUAUGCAAACAUGUAUAUAUAGAAAGGGGGAGCUUUCUGAUACAGCUGAAUAUAAUCCAUCCAUAUGUGUUCAGUUAUUAUGUUUGAGUCUGUGACAUUAAAAACAAUGUAUUAUCCCCCAGAAACAACCACAUGUAGAUAUUUCUUAGAAAUACCCUGUUUUUUCCUUCAAUUCAGCUAUAUACUAACAAAUGUUAUUCUUAUAAUUUUCCAGAAGCUGACAUGAUAUAUGAAAAGAUUUUAUGGUAGUUAUGGAUUUCAAGUUAAGUAUAAUUUUUUUUCAAUUAUGAUGUACAUUUUGAGUCAACAUUACCAGGUAUUCAUAUAUAAAUUCAGACUUUUUUAUGUAAACUUUAUUUUUUUUAUGUACUAACAAUAUGUGUUAUUCAAAUAACUUCUUAUCCAUUGUUAAUAAUAAAAAAAUAAUGGUUUGUUCAAUGUUCUCUAGACAGAAUCCUUCGGGAUCACACCUGUAGCCAAAGAUAGCUAGAUGUAUUGAGUUACAGCAAUUAGAAUAAACACGUUAUAAAGGACAGUGGAAUGUUUCAGUCAAUGGGUUUAUAAAAAGACUUAUUAGAUUUGGACAUCUGUUUGGUGGUGGUUUGGGUGAGUGUUCAAGUGAGCCAGGCUUUCUGCUGGAUUAGAUACUUUCAGGCCAUGAAUAUAAUUGUUUGAUUAGAAAUCUAAAGUUCUUCUCUAGACAGCGAAAUGAUUGAGUGGUGCUAAAACUCAUUAGAGACACAGCAGCUAAUCAUGUUAGCGAGGAGAAAGUGAAAACUUGUUUUAAUGAUCCACAAAGACCAAAAGUGAUAUUUUCCUUUUUCAAAGUAUCAUUUACAUACAUUUAGACUUUCAGAGCUAGCUAGAUAAGAAAAAAGUAUAGCUGCUUUUUGUUUUAUUAAAGAGCAAACGUUAUCCAGUCUUCCUCCAUCUGUUCUGUGUCAUGUUCUUGUAGCACUGUGGAUACUGAUGUUCUUUGGCGACCUGUUUCUCAUGUGAGCCUCUCUUGCCCCAUAGUCAUCCCUUGUGUCAUACAAAGGAAAGAAGUUAGUCACAGUGCAUUCUUGCCCACACUUGUGUAGCUCAUAUUAACAGAGUACAGAUAGGACCCCAGUACUCUUUUAGAGUGAUGGAGUGUUCUGUAUCUUGGUAGUGGUGGCAUAAAUAGUCAUAUAUGAAAACUCAUGGAGUUACCCUUAAAAUUGCAAAUUUUACUGUAUGGAUACAUUGUGUGUGUGUGAGUGAAAAUAUACACAGCAAAACAUACGUCAGCAAUCUCUACAAGUUAGUGACGUUGGUUAGGUUCUUAAUGAAGGUGUCCUAUUUUAUCUGUAAAGGUGGGGAAGAUGGUAUGCUUAUACAAUCAGGAGGAAAUUAUUCCAAAUUCACACUGGUAGUAUGAGGGAAAGUUGAGAUAACAGAGGAUACAAUGGCCUCAGUCAAUAUUCUCAUAAAAGUUUCUGCCAAGCUUAUUAAUAUGUGCUCGUGAUUUCUGUCCUAUGUGAGCGCAAGUUGUUUGCAUUUUUAAAUUAUGUCAUAACGUUCAUUCUUACAAAGCACGUGUGGUGGUAAUUGGUCAACAAAGGUACAUAACCAAGGAAAUUUUAUCGAAUAUCUGUUUCAAAAUCUCCUCAGAGCAAUUCACUAUCUUGACUCAUUUAUGUUGUUAUACUUAAUGUCACAUUUUAUUUUCCGAUGUUAAGCUCAAUGAACAUACUAUAGGAAUAGAAGGAUAUGUUUUGCAAUUUUUAUUACUGUUUAUUUGUGCAUGCGUAGUGGUUAAGUACUACGGCUGCUAACCAAAGGGUCGGGAGUCGAAUCCGCCAAGCGCUCCUUGGAAACUCUAUGGGGCAGUUCUGCUCUGUCCUAUAGGGUCGCUAUGAGUCGGAAUUGACCCGACGGUACUGGGUUUGGUUUGGGUUGGUCAUGGUUUACGUGCAGAAAUAUAUAAAACUAAAGGUUAUAUUUUUUUUCAUCCAUCAACGUAUUGAAGUACAUCUUUGUUGCCUCCGGGUUUUGGCACCUAUGAAUAAAACUGCUGUAAACAA